GCGGCGUGGUGUAUUGUUAUUGUAGUUUCUAAAAAUUGAAAUAAAUUGACGCAAUAAUUAUGGCAGGCGUACUAUUUGAAGAUAUAUUUAAUGUAAAAGACAUGGAUCCCGAAGGAAAGAAAUUCGAUCGAGUCAGUCGAUUACAUUGCGAAUCGGAAUCAUUCAAAAUGGAUUUAAUAUUGGAUAUUAAUUCGUGGAUUUAUCCCAUGGAAUUGGGAGAUAAGUUUAGAUUAGUGUUAGCUACGACACUCAGAGAGAACGGUUAUCCUGAUGGAGGGGAAUGGAAUCCUUUAGAAACGGAAGGAAACAGAGCAGACAGUUUUGAGUAUGUUAUGUCGGGGAAAGUGUAUAGGAUAGAAGGAGAUGAAGCAGCAAUGGAGCCAGCGUCUAGGUUGGCUGCUUAUGUCUCCUUUGGUGGCCUUCUAAUGCGACUGCAAGGGGAUGCUAACAAUUUACACGGCUUCGAAGUUGACCAGCACAUGUAUCUACUAAUGAAGAGAUUGGCUUUUUAAUUAUAUUAAAAUUUAUUGUAAGGUUAUAAAAUUAAGAGUAUAAAUAAAUAUUUUUUUAAGAUAA